GUUGAGAAUAUCGGAGAUUGCCUUGAAAUUCCUCUGAAAUUCUCACAAAAUGGAUCUCUCACAGGUUCGUACUGAGACUAAACCCGGCACCCUGCUAGCCGCUGUGGGGACCGACCGGCUCCGCUAUUCUGACGUUUAGCGGUCGAUUCGAUUGCCGAGCUGAAGAAACAACCGUCCUCUUCCGUUCAACUAUUUCCAUUAUCCCGGGUCGGAUCUAUUAUACCAGGAGAUAAUAUAUAGACACAGAACCAAAACCUUUCUAUAUCCGUAAACCCAAUCACACCCUUCACCCACACCCGCAACACCCCAACCAUGGCGACCACCAAGCCCCUCAUCACAGUCCUCGGCUCCCUAAACAUGGACCUAGUCUCCUACGUCCCACACCAUCCGCUACCAGGAGAAACCCUAACAUCAACGCGCUUCGCCAUAUCCCCCGGCGGCAAAGGCGCGAACCAAGCCGUAGCCUGCGCCAAGCUAUCCCGGUCUCAACCGCGCUCAUCCGCACCCCCCUCCGCCGCCACCGCAGACCCCACAGCCACAGCCCAAAUCCGCAUGCUCGGCGCCGUCGGCCAGGACACCUACGGAACCCAACUCCUCACCAACCUCUCCGCGCACGGCGUCGACGUAUCAGGGAUCCUAACUCCGCCCAACACCAAGACCGGAAUCGCCAUAAUCCUCGUCGACGAGCCGACGGGGCAGAACCGGAUCGUGUUAUCGCCGGAAGCAAACCACUCCCUGCUCGCCGCCCAAUUCAGCACCUCUGCCUCCCUCGGAACCCCGCUUCCCAAUCUCCUAAUAAUGCAAUUGGAGAUCCCCCUCCCCACCGUUCUAGCAGCCCUGCGUUCCGCGCGGGAAGCCCGGGUCCCAGUCCUAUUGAACCCAGCGCCGGCGCAGGAAUUACCGGGGUCCGCGUACGAGGGACUAGCGCAUUUAGUUGUCAACGAAACCGAAGCCGCGAUCCUAGGCGGAGUAUCGGAAGCCGAGCUGGAUACCCUACCCGGGAUGGAGGGCGUAGGACGCACGUUUCUGGAGCGGGGCGUGCAGAACGUGAUUAUCACGCUCGGGGGACGCGGGGUAUUCUACAUGAGCGCGUCCGGGGCUAAGGGACUAGUUCCAGCCGAGAAGGCGAAGGUGGUUGAUACGACAGCGGCGGGGGAUACGUUUGUGGGGAUGUACGCGUUGGAUGUAGUUUCUAAGGAUUUUAAUAUAGAGGAGGCGGUGAAGAAGGCGAAUCGGGCGGCGGCGAAGACGGUAGAGAGGUUGGGUGCGCAAGAUUCGAUACCUUGGCGGGAUGAGUUAUGACAUGUUAUAUGAUAACGGGAUAUUGGUUACGUGGGCUAAGAGCUAAAAAGAAUUAAGUAGAAAAAAGAGGGACUUGAAUUGCUAUAGAAAGCAGAGCCCAACGAAUAUACUUGCUAUGUAGACUAUCUAAUGAAAACUCUGCCA